GCAGAUGUCUAAAGGUGUGUUAUGAUCGCCACGCUGCGAUUGUCCUUGAAGUCUUGAACAACUGAACUGAAAUGUCGUAGAAACUUGCUUCAUUUGUGUUAGUUAUUCAUAUCCUUCACAUUUUACUUACAACUGGAAGCGAUCAAAGGUGAUGUCUUUGUCUUUCCAGCAAACCCAAUACAUCAACAACUGCCAAAAGCUGCCUACUGUGAUCACUGCCUAAUCACAAUACUGUUAAGAUAACAAUCAAUAAUCAUGGCUACUGCUGAGAUUUCUCAUCAUGAGGACUUAAUCUUGGAACCAAUUUCAUUCACUGAUAUUAAAUGGAAUAUUUCUAAUGGAGAUCAAACUCAUACCCUUCCUGAGGUUCAUCUAGAUGGACAUCAAGUGAAAUAUUUUUCUGCUGCCAUGGGUAUGAGUUCCAAACGCAAAAGGGAACCAUCAAUUUCUUCUUCACAACUACAAAACCAUAAACAAACAGUGCAAAAUAAUUGGCGUCAUGCAUUAAUGAAAGCGCGAUGUCAUACUGAUCCCUGGGAGAAAUUCCAUUUAGAAGAUUGCCCAAUUGAAAAUGCUAAUCGCCAUCGGUACAAUGCGUUGAAAAAAGAAUGGGUGAUCGAUCAAGUUAUUGUAAAAAUGCAGGCUGAAUCAUUUGCCCAUGGCGCAAUGAGAGAAUGUUUUCGGAUAAAAAAACUGAGCAACUUUAGUCACAACCAGGAUUGGCGUCGCGAUUCAAAUAACGCAAUCGUUAAACGCUUUAUUCAGCCUGCUCCUCGUGAAGUGUAUUUUGAUGAAGUUAAACUACAAAUGGAUACCAAGUUGUGGGGCGAGGAAUUCAACAGACACCACCCUCCUAAGCAAAUCGAUUUUUUUCAGAUGGCCGUCCUAGAGUUUGUUGAUCGUCCAGAUAAACCCCUUUACCAUAUCGAAAAUUUCAUCGAAGGAAACUAUGUCAAGUACAAUUCAAACUCUGGCUUCGUGCUCGGCGACGAUGCUCAGCGCCAUACGCCGCAGGCAUUCAGUCACUUUACGUUUGAACGUUCCGGUCACGAACUGAUGGUCGUGGACGUUCAAGGAGUUGGAGAUUUAUACACAGAUCCGCAAAUUCACACAGUCUCGGGUAUUGAAUACGGCGAUGGAAAUCUUGGAACCAAAGGAAUGGCCUUGUUCUUCCAUUCACAUGUAUGCAACUCAAUUUGUGCGAGCUUAGGAUUGACACCAUUUGAUUUGGCACCCUCUGAGCUCGCUGUCUUAACGGCACUCCCUAGUACUCCUAAUCAGGAAGUCGGAACCGUUUCACGCGGUACCGAAGAUUUAGUCGUCCUACCUUCUCAGUAUCAACGAGCCCACCUUCACGAAUUUCUCCGAAUGAGGUCUUCGUCGAGCAUCGGUUCAUGCGCAUCACUAACAGAAAGCAUAGGCGAAUGGACAUCGAAUGACAUUGUAGAAGAUGACGGCAAUGAUUCUGAUUGUGGAGGGAUUCAGCUUCGCACGCGUCUCCCAUCAGUGGGGAAAAAUAGUAUUUCUCCGACUCACUGGGAAGCAUUGAAUCACAACGAAAGUAGUUCGGACAGUGUUCCUCGCCGGCGUCCUCGAUUGUUCUCGGAAGCGAGUUCUGGGUCUGUUUCAAAGUCUGAAGAAGCAGAUCGAGUCGCUUUCAGAAUAUCAAUAGAUAAGAAAACACGCUCGUCGUGCGUUAUGGCUGAAGUGGAAGCUAGGAAAAAAUUGUGGGAAGCCGAGGAAGAAGAAGGCGACGAUACUGACGAAAGGCGCAAACAAAAGACGGGUGGUUCGGUCUUGGGUCAGAUUCACUUGGAUCUGGCAAAGUACCAUGAAAUGCAACGUUUUACUGAACCCGAUUCGACGGGAUACGACCGUGAAGCUGCCUUGUAUCAUCUGCGUCACGCUGCUGAUUGCGGUAAUCUCGAAGCAAUUAUAACCAUGGCAAGAGUUGCUUUGAAUCUUCCACACGACGUUUUACCGGAUCUCGUUUUGGAAGAAACCGAUCACAACUUUGACAUGGGUGUCGAUUACAUGCGAAUGGCAGCAGCCGCUGGUGAUCGUGCUGCAAUAGUGUAUUUGGCCAAAGCGUACGAUACUGGCACAGGCUUAGGUACCCGUUCCGUUUCCUGGUCCGAAUCGGUUUACUGGUACAUCGAGGCGGUGGAGGCCGUAAAAACAAGCGACGAGGAGGGAAACUAUGAUGGGACUAUGGACGAUCCGACCUAUCAACUACUUGGCCGAUUGGGGGAAAUGUACCGCGAUGGAGGACACGGACUAGACAAAAAUCCAUCGAAAGCCGCUGAUUACUUCAGUAACGCAGCCGAUUCAGCCAUGGCCGCCAUGAAAGGAAGAUUGGCCAAUAAAUAUUACGCUUUGGCAGAAGAGAUGAGCGCAUUGGUCGAGGAAGAUGAACAAUGAAUGUUGGUUGUGGCUAGUCGAGGUUACUCUCUAUUUUCUUUAAAGAGGAUGUAUCCUUAUGAAAGUUUUUUUUUUGUCUUUUUAAGAUUGUCCCAAAGGGAAUUGUUAUGGGAAUGUUUGUUUAAUUGUUUCUUUUCUUUUCAAAAGAACUACUAAUAAAAAUUUCCCUGUGGUAACCGGUUGGGCGUGAAUUUUUACAAGCUGCGUGAUCCGUGGUUACGUGGGGGGUACUUGCUUUGCGUGCAUCUAUUUUUACGCCUUGUUAAUCUAGACCGUCAAGGGGUUCAAGGGCAAAUUUGACGGACUUUUUUCUUACCUUGGAAGUAUUUAAACUUUAUUAACUUCAUCAUCUAGUGAAUUGUGUCAUAAUCCCCUGAAGUAGGUAAUGUUUUUUACUUGGUGGUGUUCCUGGUGUUGUGUUGCUUAUUGUUGAAUUUUUGACAAUAUAUUAUUCACAUAAAAA